AUGAGAGAUCCGGUCAUCCCUGGGACAAGCAUGGCCUACCAUCCGUUCCUACCUCACCGGGCGCCGGACUUCGCCAUGAGCGCGGUGCUGGGGCACCAGCCGCCCUUCUUCCCCGCGCUGACGCUGCCUCCCAACGGCGCCGCCGCGCUCUCGCUGCCCGGCGCCCUGGCCAAGCCGAUCAUGGAUCAGCUGGUGGGGGCGGCCGAGACCGGCAUCCCUUUCUCAUCCCUGGGGCCCCAGGCGCAUCUGAGGCCUCUGAAGACCAUGGAGCCCGAGGAGGAGGUGGAGGACGACCCCAAGGUGCACCUCGAGGCCAAAGAACUUUGGGAUCAGUUCCACAAGCGGGGCACCGAGAUGGUCAUUACCAAGUCGGGAAGGCGAAUGUUUCCCCCCUUUAAAGUAAGGUGUUCUGGGCUGGAUAAGAAAGCCAAGUACAUUUUGUUGAUGGACAUUAUCGCUGCCGAUGACUGUCGAUACAAAUUCCACAAUUCCCGGUGGAUGGUGGCGGGUAAGGCUGACCCCGAGAUGCCAAAGAGAAUGUACAUCCACCCGGACAGCCCGGCCACCGGGGAGCAGUGGAUGUCCAAAGUGGUCACUUUCCACAAACUGAAACUCACCAACAACAUUUCGGACAAGCACGGAUUUACUUUGGCCUUCCCAAGCGAUCACGCAACGUGGCAGGGGAAUUAUAGUUUUGGUACUCAGACCAUCCUCAACUCCAUGCACAAAUACCAGCCCCGAUUUCAUAUCGUGAGAGCCAAUGACAUCCUGAAACUCCCGUACAGUACCUUUCGGACCUACUUGUUCCCCGAAACCGAAUUCAUCGCUGUGACAGCGUACCAGAAUGACAAGAUAACCCAGUUAAAAAUAGACAACAACCCUUUCGCAAAAGGAUUCCGGGACACGGGGAAUGGCAGGAGAGAGAAAAGAAAACAGCUCACCCUCCAGUCCAUGAGGGUGUACGAGGACCGGCACAAAAAGGACACCGGCACCUCGGACGAGUCCUCCAGCGAGCAGGCGGCCUUCAGCUGCUUCGCCCAGUCCUCCUCCCCCGCCGUCUCCACCGUGGGCACCUCCAACCUCAAAGAUCUGUGUCCCAGCGAGGGCGAGAGCGACGCCGAGGCCGAGAGCAAAGAGGAGCACGGCCCGGAGGCCUGCGACGCCGCCAAGAUCUCCACCACCACGUCGGAGGAGCCGGGCCGGGACAAGGGCAGCCCCGCGGGCAAGGCGCACCUCUUCGCGGCGGCCGAGCCCGGCGGCCGGGCCCGGGACGGCGGGCGGCUGGACAAGGCGUCGCCCGACUCGCGCCACAGCCCGGCCACCAUCUCGUCCAGCACCCGCGGCCUGGGCGCCGAGGAGCGCCGGAGCCCCGGCCGCGAGGGCCCCGCCGCCAAGGCCGAGGAGGCGCGGGCGCUGCCGGCCAAGGAGGCCGCCUUCGCGCCGCUCACGGUGCAGACGGACGCGGCGGCCGCCGCCGCGCACCUGGGCCAGGGCCCCCUGCCCGGCCUCGGCUUCGCCCCCGGCCUGGCCGGCCAGCAGUUCUUCAACGGGCACCCGCUCUUCCUGCACCCCGGCCAGUUCGCCAUGGGGGGCGCCUUCUCCAGCAUGGCCGCGGGCAUGGGGCCCCUGCUGGCCACCGUGUCCGGGGCCUCCACCGGCGUGUCCGGCCUGGACUCCACGGCCAUGGCCUCGGCCGCCGCGGCGCAGGGACUGUCGGGGGCGUCGGCGGCCACCCUGCCCUUCCACCUCCAGCAGCAUGUCCUGGCCUCGCAGGGCCUGGCCAUGUCGCCCUUCGGAAGCCUGUUCCCUUACCCCUACACGUACAUGGCCGCCGCGGCCGCCGCCUCCUCCGCCGCGGCCUCCAGCUCCGUGCACCGCCACCCCUUCCUCAACCUCAACACCAUGCGCCCGCGGCUGCGCUACAGCCCUUACUCCAUCCCCGUGCCGGUCCCCGACGGCAGCGGCCUGCUGGCCACCGCGCUGCCGCCCAUGGCCGCGGGGCCCCUGGACGCCAAGGCCGCCGCCGCCGCCGCCGCGCUAGCCGCCAGCCCGGCCUCCGUGGCCGUGGACUCGGGCUCGGAACUCAACAGCCGCUCCUCCACGCUCUCCUCCAGCUCCGUGUCCCUGUCGCCCAAGCUCGGGCCCGAGAAGGAGGCGGCCACCAGCGAACUGCAGAGCAUCCAGCGGCUGGUCAGCGGCCUGGAGGCCAAGCCCGACAGGUCCCGCAGCGCGUCCCCCUAG